AUGGCGACAAAGCGUUCGCCAAUAUACGUAUCCUUACUUCUCUUUUUCGUAACGGUUGUUGAUUCUCAAACUUCGUCGACAUCAUCAACGAAACAUAUUUGUUCAUCAAUAGAAUCGGUUACGAAAAAUGAUGAAUGUCCUAAACCUUCCACAUUUAGUAUUAUUACGGAAUAUAACAAAAAUGAUACAACAUGGAAACUUGAUUUUAAAGUUUUUCAACAAGCAUCAAUAACAAAUUCAAUGGAUCUUCUUGAUGAAAUUCAACGAAGAUGGACCAAUUUUGUUCCUUGUCCAUUUACGCGACAAAUGAAUAUUACCAAAUGUUGUCCCAACUGGACAGGAAGCAAUUGUGAUCAAGUCGCUUCUUCAAAUGAUACAUUUAUUAUAAAUGAUAAUGAACCACUUCCAUUUGCUACUUGUGUACUUUGGGGUUUAUUUCAUUAUCGAACAUUCGAUGGUACACAAUUUGAAUUUAUUGGUUCAUGUAAUUAUAAACUUGGUGGUACACAAACAUGGCAAGUUAAUGUUCGACCAACAGGUUGUACGAAUUGGCAAAAAUGUUCGAAACAAUUAUCAAUGUUAUUUGGAUCAGUUAAUGUAACUGCAGAAGGAAGUAAUGUUAUUGUUAAUGGUGUUACAUUAAAUCCAACUGAAGGUACCAUUGUUAGCGGUGUAACCAUUGAACGACGUGGAAAUUAUACAUAUUUAACGUAUUCUGAUGGCGUCAGAAUCAAAUGGGAUGAAGCGACAGUUAUUGAUUUAACAAUUGAUGCUAGCUUUAAAGGAAGAGUUAGUGGUUUAUGUGGAGAUUAUGAUGGAGAUUCUAAAAAUGAUCUUACUCUUUUUGAUGGAAACAUAUCUCCAAGUGCGGCUGUAUUUGGAAACCAGUGGCGUUUAGAUAAAAGUUGUUCAGAAGUUCCAUCAUUAGGUGAAGCAUGUUCAGAUGAUGAUAUACAACAACAAGCAAUAGCUGCUUGCCAAAUACUUAUUGAUAGUUCUGAUGUAUUUGGAGCAUGCUUACAAGUCGUCAAUGGGCAACAAUAUUAUAAUACUUGUAUCACUGACUAUUGUAUUACAGCAGCUUCUUAUCCACAACAAUUACAACAAGCAAUGUGCAAUUCCUAUACGGCAUUAGCUCGUGAUUGUACUGAUAAUUAUAUUGAUGUAUAUUGGCGUACAGCAUCUCGAUGUCCUAAAACAUGUCCAAGUAAUAUGACCUAUGUUGAAUGUGCAUCAAAUUGUCCGAAGACUUGUCAAAGUUUAAGUCAAACAAUAUCUGAAUCAGAUACAUGUAUGAGUGAUUGUUCACCGGGCUGUAUUUGUCCGAUGGGGACUGUUUUGGAUUUGGGACAAAAUCAACAAUGUGUUGAACCUGAUCAAUGUACAUGCUAUUAUAGAGGAAAUUAUUAUCAACCAGGAGAUAAUAUUAAUAUUGAUUGUAAUCAAUGUACUUGUUCAUCUGGUACAUGGCAAUGUUCAAAAUUUGCUUGUCCUAGAACAUGUACUGUCAUGGGUAAUGGACAUAUUGAUACAUAUGAUGGAAAAACGUAUAGUUUAAUUGGUUCUUGUCAAUAUACAUUACUUGAAGGUACAAAUUCUGACUCAUCAAGUAAACUUCGUGUUAUGUAUACAAAUACGAGAAAUAUUCAUAUGAAUGAAUUAGUUAUUGUACACUAUGGAAAUAUAGUAAAUAUUAAAGGUUCACAAAUAGUUGUCAAUGGACAACCAGGAGUACAAUUACCACACAAAAUUAAUGAUUUAUUAAUUCGACAAGCAACAUCAGUUUUACUUAGUGUUGAAGGAACUGAUUUUUCAAUUUAUUUUGAUGGUUUUCGCGUCUAUAUUACUUUGGGACCAUCAUUUUUAAAUCAAACUCGUGGUUUAUGCGGUACAUUCAACUAUAUAACACGAGAUGAUUAUCAAACUCCCAAUGGGCUUAUUGAAACAAAUUUAAUUGGUUUUGCUGAUGCUUAUAAAAUGUCUCAAACAUGUAAUACACCAUUACAAACAACAUCUUGUAGUCUUUUUCCAGCUAAUGAAUUAGCUGCUCGAACAACAUGUCAAAAUCUAUUAAAAGAUCCUGUAUUUGCUCCAUGUAUGUCUGUUUUGGAUCCAUCAUUUUAUAUUGAAUCAUGUACAGCUGAUCUUUGUGAUGAUAUUUCCAGUGAUUAUAUUUCGACAUAUACAUGUUAUCAUUUAGCAACAUAUGCACAUAAAUGUGCUGAUCGUGGUAUUAUAAUUGAUUGGAUGAGUAAAACAAGUAUAUCAAAUGCUUGUCAAAUGGCACCAUAUCCUUAUGGUCAAUGUUCAUCAUCAGAUGAUGUAUCAUCUUCAACAAGUUAUUCGGAAUGUGUGUCCGCUUGUGAUUAUUCAUGUACAGAUCUUGAUCAAAAUUCUUCAUUAAAUUGUGAAAAUCAAUGUUUACCUGGAUGUGCAUGCCCAACGGAUACAUUUUAUGAUGUUAAAUCUCGUUCAUGUAUUCGUGCUGAACAAUGUCCAUGUUACGAUAUAUCAACAAAAUCAUACAUUCAACCAGGACAAACUAUACUUCGAACAUGUACAAAUUGUACAUGUUUAAAUGGAGCAUUUCAAUGUGACAAUCCAGAUUGUCUUUCAACAAUGACUUGCCCAGGAAAUCAAAUUUAUUCGAAUAAUGCAAGUACAUGUCCAAAGACAUGUGAUAGUAUUGUUAGUUCUUCUGAUUGUAAUACAUAUAAACAAGGUUGUACAUGUCCAUCAGGACAAGUAUUGACACAUGAUGGUAUUACUUGUGUACCAGUGAAUGAAUGUCCAUGUCGUUAUAAUCAACGUUCAUAUGCAACAGAUGAACAAAUUCGUCAAUCUUGUAAUAAUUGUACAUGUUCAGGUGGCAUAUGGUCAUGUACAACAAUGCAAUGUGAUGGUACAUGUAUUGCAACAGGUGAUCCACAUUAUAUAACAUUUGAUGGGAUGCGUUAUUCAUAUCAAGGAAAUUGUCAAUAUUAUUUAGCUAAAGAAAAAAAUAAUGCAUUUAGCAUUUUAGCUGAGAAUGUUCCAUGUGGCUCAACAGGUGUAACAUGUACGAAAAAUAUAAUUAUUGAUUAUCUUGGUUCAACUAUUGAUUUACAACGUGGACGUAAUGUUAUUUUGAAUGGUAUUGAAAUUGAAAAUUAUGAAUCAGUACCAAAAAUUUAUGGACAAGUAUCCAUAUUUAAAAGUGGAGUUUUUACAAUGAUAUCUACACCAGAUUUUUUAAUUAAAUGGGAUGAAGCAACAAGAAUUUAUUUAACAGUUUAUUCAAAACAUCGAGGAAAUAUGGAAGGUUUAUGUGGUAAUUAUAAUGAUGAUAAUGCUGAUGAUAUAAAAACGGCACAAGGAAUUACUGGCUCAAUAACUGAAAUGGCUAAUUCAUGGAAAACAGCACCAACAUGUGGCAGUUUACAAGAAUCACUUGUCGAUAAUAGUGAUCCAUGUUUCGGUCAUGAACAACGACGUGACUGGGCAACAACAGAAUGUUCAUUAAUUCGUGGAAAAUCAAUUGAUAAUCCAUUUAAUCCUUGUAUUGAAUUAAUCGAUUCUACACAACUUGAUAUAUAUUAUAAAGAAUGUUUAUUUGAUGCAUGCAACUGUGAUCGUGGUGGUGAUUGCGAAUGUUUAUGCACAUCUUUAGCUUCAUUUGCUGAAAAAUGUAACUCAAUUGGUGUACCUGUUAAAUGGCGUCGACCGAAUCGAUGUCCAAUGCAAUGUGAUAAUAAUAAAGUUUAUAUGGCAUGUGGACCUAUUUGUCCUGAAACAUGUUCAGGAAAAGAUUAUUUUGGUUGUGAAUUAUCUGGUUGUGUUGAAGGUUGUUUUUGCCCAAAUGGUCUUUUAAUGGAUGAAACUGGUACAUGUGUACCUGUAUCGUCAUGUACGUGUGCUUAUGAUAAUAAGUAUUAUCCAAGUGAUUCCACUAUUGUUCGUGGUUGUGAAAUAUGUUCCUGUACCAACGGUUCAUUUGUUUGUUCACAAUUAACAACGAAAGAAUGUCAACAAGAUUGUUCAUCAAUUAAUGAAUUUCAAUGUUCAACUAGUAAAGAAUGUAUACCAAAAACAUGGAAAUGUGAUAAAGUACCUGAUUGUGCAGAUAAAAGUGAUGAAGACAAUUGUGUUUAUGAGUGUUCGAAACAAACAAGUUUUACUUGUCUUACUGGACAAUGUGUUGAUAUAACUUAUGUUUGUGAUGGUUUACCGAAUUGUCGAGAUGGCUCAGAUGAAGUUAAUUGCACCUAUGUACAACCAUGUAAUGAAUAUUUAUGUCCAAGAAGUCAAAAAUGUAUUCCAAAAACCUGGGUAUGUGAUGGUUCAAUCGAUUGUGGUAUUGGUGAUGAUUCUGAUGAAGCAGCAGAUUGUAAACACGAACAUUGUGAUUUAAAUAGUGGUCGUUAUUUUCAAUGUGCUGAUAGUCAAGAUUGUUUGCCAAUUAUUAGUAGAUGCGAUGCUCAUAAAGAUUGUUUAGAUGGUUCAGAUGAACGUGGCUGUGCAUGCACAUGUUCUGAACAAUUUUCAUGUGAAACUAUUUGCCAAUGUAUUAAUAUGUCACGAGUUUGUGACGGUAUACCAGAUUGUAUUGAUCAAACUGAUGAAAAAAAUUGUACAUGUACAACAAAUGAAUAUACAUGUCUUGGGGGUGGAUGUGUUAAUAGAACUCACUUGUGUGAUGGAAGGGCUAAUUGUCCGAAAGGUGAUGAUGAAACUCAUCCAGAUUGUACAAUAACAUCAACAACACCAAUCUCAUCAACUAUUCUUACAACACCUGGAUCAACACUUGUACCAACUGUAGGAACACUUGUAACAACAUCAAUUGAAACAUCACCUGUUACAAGUACAACAACAUAUAUGCCUGAAACAACAACUCCAACUUGUGCUGCUAUUGUUGGUGCUCAAUGGCUUUCUGAAUACAAUUUAAUUACAAUUGGAAAUCUUGAUACAAAUUCUGAUGUUGAAUAUCGAACAUUAGUUUGUGGAGAGUAUAUGGGCACACAAACAGCUAAUUUUGCUAUUCAUCGUAAUCAAAAUUUAUUUGAUUCAAGUCUUGAAAUUCGAUAUAAUAUUGCUUCUGGUUCAAUAAUGAAUAUAAAUGCUGGCAGUGUUACAAGUGCAUUUGGUACCGUACAACAACUGUCACCUACUCAAUAUAAGUUGAAUGGACGAUUAUUUGGUAUUAACAGUGGUAAUCAAGGUGCAUCUGCAUUUAUUGAUUCUACAUUAGAUGCAAAAUGUUCGAAAGUAACUGAUGAUUUAAAACAGUUUUCUCAAUAUUUAUCUCAAUUAACAUCAAAUAAUGAUGUUAGCGUGCCCCAAAAUGACGCUGGUCCAUUAAAUUUUGUAGUUCAUAAUGUCAAUAAAGAUGGAUUGGCUAUUUUUAAUUUAGCUUGUAAUGAUGUAUUCAAUAAUGCAAAUGUUCAACAAAUUCAAAUUACAAAUACUGUUAAUGCUAAAACAAUUGUAAUAAAUUUAUCUGGUCGAACAUGUUCAUUUGAGCAAGGUAAUAUGGUAGGUGCUUGGUUAAAUGGAUUAGAAGGACGAUCUCGAACAAUAUGGAAUGUUUAUGAACAACCUUUAAAUCAAAAUACUCGAAUGUAUAUCAGACGCAAUUUAAUGGGAGCACUUCUUGCACCUUAUUAUUCAGUUGAAACAUCAGUCAACAUAGACGGUGCUGCUGCUGUUUACAAUAUGACAGCACGAGCUGAACUCCAUAAACCGGGACUUGUGUUCCCAGCGUGUGUUGAAUCAAUACCUGCAGAACAACCAACUGAGCAACUGACUACGUCAUCAGUUCCAUCACCAUCGACGCUAGUUACUACAUUUACACAAACUUCAGUUCCAACAACAUUCAUACCAAGCACAACUGUUACAGCAAGCAUAGCAACCACUCAACACAAACUGCCGUCAACAACCACUGUAUUGCCACCAACAACAACUACAAUGAAUUAUUGUACAGAAGAAAAAGGUAUGAAUCAAGUAUUGGAUAUUCAACCAAAUCAAGUGAAAUCAUAUCCAUUACCUGAACAACCAACAUCUGGUGAUAUCAAUCCAACGUCAACAACACCGGGCUUUAAUUAUCCAACAAUAAAUCCACAAAUC